CGGCUCGCGUUAGUUCUUAGCUGUUUUUGUGGCCAACACGUUGUUUCCGCGCGCGUUUUUUCCAUACACAAACAAACAACUGUCGAAUACCGCAUAAAUAAGCGGAAAUUAUUUAGCAAUGGGCAACCACAAAGUGUUAAAGACAGCUGGCAUUAAUUUAAGGUAUUCCAUGUACGAUUUUAUUGACGCAGUUAAGAAGCAGGAUAUUAUUUGGGAUCGAGAGCACGAGAAUUUCCACAAUCGCGAACUGCGAGAUCAGGCCUGGCAGCAGAUUGGUCUGCAGAUGUGUAAGAAUUUCGAAGACGCUAGUGUUGGCGAAAAGCAGGAAAUUGCGAAAACACUGCUGAAACGGUGGAAAAAUACACGAGACAGUUAUUUGCGAGUAAACAGAGUACGGCAGAGCGGGGAGGAGAUUUCCCGGGGAUCCUAUAUAUAUGAAAAGGAGUUGAGCUUUCUCUUGGAUGUCAAAGCAGAACAUGACGAAAUAGGAGCAUUCAAGGUGGAUCGAAAGACGGCUGUCAAGCGCACGCAUUUACGCAUGAUAAAAACGCCGCAAAAGCGACGUCGUGAGUCGGAGAAUCAAGAGAGAAGUUCGGACGUGGUAGACAUGGGAGUUUCUAUAGAUGCAUCGAUCCAGCAAAAUGCCUUAUUAGAGGACGGCUUGAACACAACUAUGGAAACAUUGAACUGCACAACAAAUACCUCAACUUUAUUGCCUCCUACUCAGCAGAACUUCAAGAAUGAGUCGAUCAGCGCAAUCUUCGGUGCAAACAGUACAGCUGUUAAUACCUCAACCAACUGCAUCGAUCCUGAUCCCGAUCAGGCGUUCUUCGAUAGCAUAAAGCCCGAUAUGCAGCGUAUGACAAGUGAUCAGAAACUAGAAUUUAAAAUUGAAGUGUUAAAGAUACUUCGCAACUUCAAGAUAUUACCAAAUUGACAAUUGGAUUUGGUUGUGGAUUGAUGGGAACACCUUUAAAGUAUAUGCGUAGCUCAAAAUGCUAUUAUAAUUAACUAAGAUGUGACUGAAUUAUACAAAAAUUUACCUACAUAAAAGCGCAGUUAAUGUUUGGCUGUAUUCCAUUGAUUUGAGCAAUUUGAUGGACAAAACAACAAAUAAAUUAUUAGUUAAUUUGUAAAACAUUAGAUGGCUUACAAAAAUAACAGUACAAUUUAUUAAAACAAUUUUUUAUGGCAAACACCAAUAUAAUUAUGA